AUGAGUGAUCCCGAUGAGAAUGAAGAACCACAACCAAGUGGUUAUCAGGAGAGUACAGUCAAUAAAGGGUUGGUGGUCGCAGGUGUUUGUAUAGGGAUUCCAGCUUUUAGAUUGGUAAGGAACCUCAUGGAGGACGCUGCAGCAAAACAACUGUCCAAUGCGGCAGCAACACAGCCGUCCGAUGCCGCGGCAACGGAACCAUCCUUGACUGACCCUUCAACACUCUUUCCUUCUCAUUCAGGAAUAGCUGGUGAUCCCCCCGGUGAUGACCACAGUACUGUGACCCUGCAACUCUCGGCGAACACUGACGGGUCCUCGGUCCUCGGAAAUACUGCCUUGGAUCCCAAAUUUCUCUCCGGACCAUCUCAGGAGGGCUCAUCAGCAGAAGAGAGAAAGACAGACUCUGUAGGCAAGGGAAAAGAAUCAGAAGGGACAAAGAGUCACAUCUCAGAUGUGGACUGA